AAAAAAAAAAAAAGCAAAACCAAUCUAUGUUUUAAGAAAGUUUAUGAAUUUGUUUUGGGCCACAUCGUUCAAAACUGUCCUGGGCUGCAUGCAGCCCUCGGGCCAUUGUUGGACAAGCUAGCUAUAGAGCUUUCAAGGGUCUUGGAAGCUCUUUUGAAGGGAACUAGGGAAUAAGACCAAAUAUUCUAACAAAAGAUACUCUUCUCAUUCUAUCACUUAGGAAAUUAUGAGAGUCUUAGGGAGCUCUGUAUUAGGAAUACAGGGGGUGGGGUGGGGAGGAACAAGUAUUUCUUAUGUCACAACCUAACAGCCAACCAACAUUUUAAGUCAUUGAGGUAACUUAGUAAUUUCGUAAACCAGUACCCUUGAUUUUAGUUUUAACUUUUGAUAUAUAUUAUAUGCAGAAAAAUACACUUCACACAUGUGGAGCUUGAUGAAUUUCAAAUGCACACCCACCUAACCACCAUAUAAACAGAGCAUUCUUAGCCCAUCGAAAGCCCCCUCAUGUUCUCUCUUCCAGCCACUACCUCUACAGUCCCCACGCCUCAAUCCUGACUAGUUUUGCACUCUGUAUAAAUGAACUCAUAAAAUGUAAACUAUUUUAUGUUUGCUUUCUUUUGCUCAGUACUGUUUGUGAAAUUCAUGUAUAUUGUUGCAUGUAAUCAUUCUCGUUGCUGUAUAGUAUUCCAUUGUGUGCAUAUACCAAAAUUUAUUGAUCCACCCAUUUUACCGUAGAUGGGCAUUUAGAUAAUUUCCAGUUUUCGGCUACUAGGAUUAGUGCUUCUGGAAACAUUCUAGUGUAUGAUACACACAUUGCCAUUGAAUGGUGAACAGAGGUACAUAUUACAGUUGACUAUUGUCUUAGGCUGUUAGGUGUUGCUGUAAUACAACACCUGGGACUGGAUAGCUUAUAAAGAAAAGAGGUUUGUUUGGUUUUUUUAGCUCACAAUUCUGGAGGCUGGGAAGUUCAAGACUGGAUGGCUACAUCUGCUCGGCUUCUGGUGAGGGCCUUAUGCUGCACGAAGAUGUGGUGGAAAAGUGGAAGAAGAACAGGCAUGUGUGGGGAGGGACCAAACAUGAGAACAUUUGGCUUUAUUAACAACCCGCUCUCAAGGAAGCUUAUCCAUUCUCAAGAGAUUGUAGAACUCAGUCACUCUCUUGAUACUGCAUUAAUUCUAUUCAUGAGGGAUCCAGCUCCAUGACCCAAACACAUCCCAACUGAAGUCAGCUAAACUUCUGUAUAAGUUUUGGCCAGUAAAUCCAUAUCCAAACCAUAGCAAGUAUAUACUUAGAAGUGGGAUUUUGGGAUCAUGGGGGUACACAUGUUUAACAAUAUGAGAUACUGCCAGUUUUCAUAAGUGGUUGUAUCAAUCAAUAUAUAAUUGUACCAGCAGUGCAUGAGAGCUUCCCUCCCUCACAUCCUUACCAUGGUUGGUAUUUGUCUUUUUCACCUUAGCCAUUCUGGUGAAUGUGUAGUGGAAUUAGGUUGUGGUUUUAAUCCCAUCCUUUAUUUUUGAUUCAGAAAGACUUGGUUAUCUGCUUGAUUUUUUUAAUGGACUCUAAUCUCCACUGUUUUUAGAUGGUGUCCUUAGAAAGGCAUUAUUAUUAACUUUUCAGAAAGGCUGAUGUGUUCCAAUAGAUUCCAUCAUCUCUCAGCGGUUCUGUAAGAAGCUGGUAAAGUCGGUGUCUUGUACUGAAUUAUAUUCUGCUCUCACCAUAUGUUUGGUUUGUUGCAGUGAGAUCAGCAGAAAUAAGGAACCAAGUCCAAAUGAGGCAAGCUUAAUUUGAACUAGCAUAAUUUAUUAGUACUAAACCAGGACAUUUAUAGUUCUAUACAGGGCAGUCAAUGGGUGAAAGAUGGCUAAGUCUGAAGCUUGUUCAUGUUGUGGUCCUAUGAGACCUAACUUGAUUUUCAGGUUUUGAGAGGGAAAUUCCCAUGUCACGAUCCAGUACACUCCCAGGAUAGAGAAUGAAGAAGACGACAAAAGGUGAAGUAGUUUAAAACCACUUGACAUCUGAAGGCACAGCCAUUGUGUUUCUUCCUUACCAUGCAGUCCAGGUUUUUCUUUUUGUCAAGGCAAUUUCAGGAUCUACAGAAUUUACUGUGAAAAUCUUGAAGGAAAAUGAAAGCUUGACUAGGAAAAUGAAAGCUUGGCACAGGAAGCAUGCUAAAGAGACCCAGGUCGCCCUGUGUGAUGGCGAAAUGUGAUUCAUCCUCGAGCUGUGUUCCUGAGACAGUUCACACUGGACAUAGGAAGAAUGGAAGUGAGGAAAGGCAAUCAACUGACACAGGAGCCAGAGUGAGACCAGCAGACUCUCACACUGAACCUACACCAUGAAUUUGUGUCUAUCUUCUACGCGUUAAGAGCCAAGGACAGGUGAAGUUGCUGGAGAGCAAUGGCUGUCUUUACUCCGUGGAAGUUGUCCUCUCAGAAGCUGGGCUUUUUCCUGGUGACUUUUGGCUUCAUUUGGGGUAUGAUGCUUCUGCACUUUACCAUCCAGCAGCGAACUCAGCCUGAAAGCAGCUCCAUGCUGCGUGAGCAGAUCCUGGACCUCAGCAAAAGGUACAUCAAGGCACUGGCAGAAGAAAACAGGAAUGUGGUGGAUGGGCCAUACGCUGGAGUCAUGACAGCUUAUGAUCUGAAGAAAACCCUUGCUGUGUUAUUAGAUAACAUUUUGCAGCGCAUUGGCAAGUUGGAGUCGAAGGUGGACAAUCUUGUUGUCAAUGGCACCGGAACAAACUCAACCAACUCCACCACAGCUGUUCCCAGCUUGGUUGCACUUGAGAAAAUUAAUGUGGCAGAUAUCAUUAACGGAGCUCAAGAAAAAUGUGUAUUGCCUCCUAUGGACGGCUACCCCCACUGUGAGGGAAAGAUCAAGUGGAUGAAAGACAUGUGGCGUUCAGAUCCCUGCUACGCAGACUAUGGAGUGGAUGGGUCCACCUGCUCUUUUUUUAUUUACCUCAGUGAGGUUGAAAAUUGGUGUCCUCAUUUACCUUGGAGAGCAAAAAAUCCCUACGAAGAAGCUGAUCAUAAUUCAUUGGCGGAAAUUCGUACAGAUUUUAAUAUUCUCUACAGUAUGAUGAAAAAGCAUGAAGAAUUCCGGUGGAUGAGACUACGGAUCCGGCGAAUGGCUGACGCAUGGAUUCAAGCAAUCAAGUCCCUGGCAGAAAAGCAGAACCUUGAAAAGAGAAAGCGGAAGAAAGUCCUCGUUCACCUGGGACUCCUGACCAAGGAAUCUGGAUUUAAGAUUGCAGAGACAGCUUUCAGUGGUGGCCCUCUUGGUGAAUUAGUUCAGUGGAGUGAUUUAAUUACAUCUCUGUACUUACUGGGCCAUGACAUUAGGAUUUCAGCUUCACUGGCUGAGCUCAAAGAAAUCAUGAAGAAGGUUGUAGGAAACCGAUCUGGCUGCCCAACUGUAGGAGACAGGAUCGUUGAGCUCAUUUAUAUUGAUAUUGUAGGACUUGCUCAAUUCAAGAAAACUCUUGGACCAUCCUGGGUUCAUUACCAGUGCAUGCUCCGAGUCCUCGAUUCAUUUGGUACUGAACCUGAAUUUAAUCACGCAAAUUAUGCCCAAUUGAAAGGCCACAAGACCCCCUGGGGAAAAUGGAAUCUGAACCCUCAGCAGUUUUAUACCAUGUUCCCUCAUACCCCAGACAACAGCUUUCUGGGGUUUGUGGUCGAGCAGCACCUGAACUCCAGUGACAUCCACCACAUUAAUGAAAUCAAAAGGCAGAACCAGUCCCUUGUGUAUGGCAAAGUGGAUAGCUUCUGGAAGAAUAAGAAGAUCUACUUGGACAUUAUUCACACAUACAUGGAAGUGCAUGCAACUGUUUAUGGCUCCAGCACAAAGAAUAUUCCCAGUUACGUGAAAAACCAUGGUAUCCUCAGUGGACGAGACCUGCAGUUUCUUCUUCGAGAAACCAAGUUGUUUGUUGGACUUGGGUUCCCUUACGAGGGCCCGGCUCCCCUGGAGGCUAUCGCAAAUGGAUGUGCUUUUCUGAAUCCCAAGUUCAACCCACCCAAAAGCAGCAAAAACACAGACUUUUUCAUUGGCAAGCCAACUCUGAGAGAGCUGACAUCCCAGCAUCCUUACGCUGAAGUUUUCAUCGGGCGGCCACAUGUGUGGACUGUUGACCUCAACAAUCAGGAGGAAGUAGAGGAUGCAGUGAAAGCAAUUUUAAAUCAGAAGAUUGAGCCAUACAUGCCAUAUGAAUUUACAUGCGAGGGGAUGCUACAGAGAAUCAAUGCUUUCAUUGAAAAACAGGACUUCUGCCAUGGGCAAGUGAUGUGGCCGCCCCUCAGCGCCCUGCAGGUCAAGCUUGCUGAGCCCGGGCAGUCCUGCAAGCAGGUGUGCCAGGAGAGCCAGCUCAUCUGCGAGCCCUCUUUCUUCCAGCACCUCAACAAGGACAAGGACAUGCUGAAGUACAAGGUAACCUGCCAAAGCUCAGAGCUGGCCAAGGACAUCCUGGUGCCCUCCUUUGACCCCAAGAAUAAGCACUGUGUGUUUCAAGGUGAUCUCCUGCUCUUCAGCUGUGCAGGCGCCCACCCCAGGCACCAGAGGGUCUGCCCCUGCCGGGACUUCAUCAAGGGCCAGGUGGCUCUCUGCAAAGACUGCCUAUAGCAGCUACCUGCUCAGCCCUGCACCAUGCUGCUGGGGAAGACAGUGGCCCCAGCCCCAUCAGGCAGGGCCAGGGACAGAAGUAAUCCAGGGACUCUGGCAAGAGCCUGAACUUUUUGGUAGAAGGUUCUGAUGUGGUAUUGCCCUUGCUGCACUCCGAGCAACCCAGUGGAGUCUUCACCAAAACAAAACGAGAGCAUAUGUCAGGCCAGGAGCCUGGCUUGUCCCUGGCACAAUGUCAUUUCUGUUUCUCAAGGAGCAACUGUGGGAAGACUGUCACUGCAGCUGCUCCAGGGCAAAAGAAAGUCUCAAGAGUCCUUUAAAGCAAAACAGAAGGAAUUGAGCUGAUGGGAAAGAACUUUGAAUGGGAACAUUCCUAAACCCAUUAACUUAUUUAUUCGGGUGGGAGGGAGGGGACCACGGGAGGGAGAGGAGGGAUUGAUCACAGGCUUCUUUUAUUUCCACUGUUAAUCAUCCACCUUCACUAUACUGUUCUGUCUGCUUUGGGCAGGGUGCAGGAGAGAGACCAUGUGCCAUGGGACUGGUGGCGUGUUCAGGGACAGCCAUGGGGACUUGGCAGCUCAAAACGGAUGGCAGCAGAGCAAAAGAAACUUUUGUUUUGGAAGCACAGCCGAACUCCCCAGGGCAUUGUCAUAGAUGGCACCUAGAGCAUGGGCUGCUUCAGUCGGGGGGACGUGCCUGUAUUGUCCAGAGAGCCCAGCCAGGGACUAAAAAGGAGAUGAGGCCCCUUUCCUCCAUCUCCCCAUGACCAGACACAUACCUUGGCCAUAAUUUAUUUUAGAAUCCCUUUGGGAAAGAAAUAUGGGAUUGAGGCAUUUUGGAGUUUCUGGUAAACUCACCCUCCCUCCAGCCCUGCUAUGAGGAGGAAAGUAGAGAUGAAGGACACACACUGCUCAUGGACUUGGAGAGGAUUGUCUUUGAGCCAAGAUGUGGACAGGAGUGAACUUA